UGAUUUUACACUCUAUCUAUUGAAAGACGUUCACAUCGCAUCUAUUUAAAGAAUUCCUAAAUCAAUUAACCGUGAACAGAAGUAGUGAAGCGAGGUUACUGUACACCGGGGAGACUAACAUUCGCGAACAUUUGUUAUCCGACUAAAAAUGGCAGAAGGAGGCAUCGAUCCAGCCAUGCCACAGACUGAAAACGCCCCAGAAUCCAGCAGCCUGUACAGUCGACACCCUCAGAAUUAUGUCGAAAAUGUGUCCAUGGUGAUCAGUACUAUAAUGACACGGCUGGGGUACGGCGAGGAGAUCAGACGUUGGCGAAUUAAGAAAUACAAGAUGAAUGAUAGGCUGUCUAAUGCACGACCAGAAGGUGUAACUGAAAUCACAGCUGGCAGCAAGGCAGAGGGUCUGACCUGCUGUUUUGAAAAUGACUGGGACAUUUUAUUCGUGCUGAACGAUGUCCUCUGUGUGGAAGCUGGUACCCAUAUUCACACUAUACCCGACGACAUUGAUGUGUUUAGAAUGGAUACACGUGUAUCACGCGUAUAUCCAGGACACUGCAGACUGUUACAAGCGAGACCAGCGCAAACACGUUAUAAAGUUAUCCUCAAUGCUCUGCGUGAUGAUCUACUUAGUAGUAGUUUAUUCGUAUAUAAAUUUCCGACACCAAUUACAUAUUCAGGAAUAGAGGAUCAUGAGCAAGCGGGGCCGUCAUGGCCGGGGUCAUUUAUGGGUUUUCUUUAUUUUGACAGAGUACAGGCACUACGCUGUCAUUGCCCCAGCAUCAUGCAAAGAUGGGCUGCCAGACCUCGUCAUUGGCCGUCGCCAGUCAUAGUUGACAAAGUCGUAUCAUUAGGAGCAUAUCUAACCCCGGUAGGGUUUAAGGGAAGUGAUUGCAAGCAUAUGGAGUGGAGAAUGUGCUUUAACACCGGUGAGACAGAACUUGUAAACAAUCUUAAUAUCACACAAGCGCACGUGUAUGUUAUGCUUAAAACGAUUCUCAAAGAUGUUCUAAGGCCUUGCAAGAAAGAAGUAACAUCAUAUGUGAUUAAAAAUAUAGUACUUUGGCAAGCUGAGCGUAAUCCACAGAACAAGUUUGAUACACAGAGUUUCUUCCACUGGCUUCACGACGGACUGAGAGAACUUAAGACUGCUGUUGCCACACAGCAACUGUCAUAUUAUAUGAUUCCGGAAAGAAAUUUAAUGGCAGCCAGUGGUUUGCAGGAUAAGCAGCAAAGUAAAUGGGUAGCAGAUAUAACGGACAUGAUGGCGGAAGGUCCCAGGGUAAUACUGAGAUUGGAGAAGAUACGUAAGGCCAUUGUCGCGUCCCCGGAGCCGAUGCUGUGGUUCAGCAAGACUAGGAUGGAGAUGCUGGAACUGGAGUAUUUUAAUAGAGCCGAGAAAUGUAGAGAUCAGUCUGAUGCUAUCCUGCAGAAGAUAAAGGGACGUCAGAUGAAGAUACUUAUGGAGGUACGACAACGAAUGCUCAUAGAAGGCUGCGCUUUUGCUGAUCUGAUGGAUAUUUACGAAGGAAUCUUAAUGUAAUGCUGCCUUAAGUGCAAUAAAUUAAUGUUGCCGUAUGAACUUAUUAGAGACAUAUAAUACAUACAUUGCUGUUUUAUAUGUUUCCAGAUAUCAAGAAGUGAUUUUAUUUAAAGCAGUUUUUAG